UGUUUUAGAGGGGGCACUAUGAUCAGAAACCAGGACGUGACAUUCUCCGCCAGCUCAAGAGUCACCCAGGAAGAAAAGAGAAAUGGAAGCGGCACCGUUCGGGAAUGUUCCACCUUGUCUGGACUGUGGUGGCUGGUGGAAAGGGAAGCCAGGAAUGAAAAGUUUGAUCACAAAGCAGAUAGGCAACAGAAAGCAGCUUGCACACAGCCCCGCCCUCCCGGAAGUUCUGCGGCGACCACCGGCAGCCUUGCGGCGCAGGCGCUUCUAGUGGGUGGGCUUCGCACCAGCAGGCUGCGCUGCGCUCUUCCCGCCGCCAGGGGCGCGCAGCCUCAGCACGGCAGCUCUGGCCCGCGGCAGCCGCUCGAGUGCUCCGCGGCGUGUCGGCUACCGGCUCCCUGGCAGCCUCCGGGCCGUUUCCUUGGCAACGCACUGCCAGCCCCCGCUGCCGCCAUGGAAGCGCCGUCCGGUGACGAGCCUCGCCAGGCUCGCGACCGCCUCGGUGCGCCCUUCUCCGGGACGCGGGACCCGGCGGCGCCCUGGGCGCGCUUCUCGGCCUGGCUGGAGUGCGUAUGCGUGGUCACUUUCGACCUGGAGCUGGGCCAGGCGCUGGAGCUGGUGUACCCCAGUGACUGUCGGCUCACAGACAAGGAGAAAAGCAGCAUCUGCUAUCUGUCCUUUCCGGACUCCCACUCAGGCUGUCUUGGGGACACUCAGUUCAGUUUCCGUAUCCGUCAGUGUGGAGGCCACAGGAGCCCCUGGCACACCAAUGACAAGCAUUAUGACAGUGGGGUCCCCAUGUCACUGCAGAGGGAGCCUGCACACUACUUCGGCUAUGUGUACUUCAGGCAGGUGAAGGACAGCUCUGUAAAGAGGGGCUACUUCCAGAAGUCUCUGGUGCUAGUGUCCCGCCUGCCCUUCAUCCGGCUGUUCCAGGCACUGCUGGGCCUCAUGGCUCCAGAGUACUUCGACAAGCUGGCACCCUGCUUGGAAGCAGUGUGUAAUGAGAUCGACCAGUGGCCAGCCCCCACUCCCGGGCAGACCCUGAAUCUGCCCAUCAUGGGACUCGUCCUCCAGGUGCGUGUGCCAUCCAGGGUGGACAAGCCUGAGUCCAGUCCUCCCAAGCAGUGCGACCAUGAGAACCUGCUGCCAGCCCCUGUGAUCCUCACCAGUGUUCAUGAGCUGGACCUGUUCAGGUGCUUCCAGCCUGUGCUGACCCACGUGCAGACCCUGUGGGAGCUCAUGCUGCUCGGGGAGCCCCUGGUGGUCCUGGCGCCCUCGCCCGCUAUGUCCUCAGAGCUGGUGCUGGCCUUGACCAGCUGCCUGCAGCCCCUCAAGUUCUGCUGCGACUACCGCCCCUACUUCACCAUCCACGACAGCGAGUUCAAGGAGUUCACCACGCGCACGCAGGCCCCACCAAAUGUGAUCCUAGGCGUCACAAACCCUUUCUUUAUCAAAACACUCCAGCAUUGGCCCCACAUUCUCCGAGUUGGGGAGCCUAAGAUGUCGGGGGACCUUCCUAAGCAGGUCAAGCUGAAGAAGCCCUCGAGGCUGAAGACCCUGGACACAAAGCCAGGCCUCUACACCACAUACACAGCCUUCCUGCACCGAGACAAAGCUCUGCUCAAACGGCUGCUCAAGGGCCUACAGAAGAAGCGGCCCUCUGAUGUGCAGACAGCACUGCUGAGGCGCCACCUCCUGGAGCUCACCCAGAGCUUCAUCAUCCCCCUGGAGCACUACAUGGCCAGCCUCAUGCCCCUGCAGAAGAGCAUCAUGCCCUGGAAGACCCCCCCGCAGAUCCGCCCCUUCCACCAGGAUGACUUCCUUCAUAGCCUGGAGCAUGCAGGGCCCCAGCUAACCUGCAUCCUGAAAGGUGACUGGCUGGGCCUCUAUAGGCGCUUCUUCAAGUCCCCCCAUUUUGAUGGCUGGUAUCGGCAGCGGCACAAGGAGAUGGCCCAGAAACUGGAGGCCCUGCACCUUGAGGCCAUCUGUGAGGCGAACAUCGAGACCUGGAUGAGGGACAAGUCUGAGGUGGAGGUUGUGGAUCUGGUUCUGAAACUUCGGGAAAAACUGGUGCGGGCACAGGGUCACCAGCUCCCUGUGAGUGAGGCAACACUGCAGCGGGUGAGACUGUACAUCGAGAAGGCCAUUGGCUCCCUGCCCAAGGACCUGCAGACUGUCCUGUGCCCCUGCUAGGAUUGGGCCUGGACACCUCUGGGGUUUGGGUCUGGCUGAUCUUUCUCCUUCCCGCUGAGAGCGGACCUGAGAACACAAGCGAGCCCGCCACCCAAGCUCCAGGCAGCUUCCCAGCCUUGGUGUCCAGCCUGCGCAGUAAAGGUGGUAUUUCGACUGCA